AUGGAAAGAGGUACUACUAUGAAUGUUGGUUGGAUGAGAUCUAGAUUUGUCCCUCCAGGGGGUGCUAGUUCCAUCUCAUAUUCAAGGAAUUGGAUAGCUGAGAGGACAAGGAUAACAGCAUGUUCUGCUUGCAUGUUCAGAUCUGCACAUCCCUAGUGUUGUCAGUGGCUGAUGGCAUGUUGUAUACGGAAAUGAGUUAGUGAAAACUACAGAUAGAAUAUUGGUGCUCUUGCAUCGGAUCUGAGAAAUGCAGGAUGCAGUCCUGGUUCUAGACACUGCAAGGCCCCGAAUGUUGCUAUAUCUCAGCUUCUGGUUUCCAUCUGUAAAAUGGGAAUAAGAAGCUUCCUUCAUAGGAUCAUUGUGAAAAGAAGGUUCGCAAGGAAAUGUUGGUGUGUGGCCUGAGCCUUUGGCUGGACUGUAUAGCUAAGGAAGCCUUGAGGAUGUUUGGCCAGCAGGACAUUUGACAACGACAGCUAUUUUAGCAACAGUUUUUACAAAGCCAUAUAGGGAGUCUGAAGGGCCUUUUCGGUGGUGGCUCCCAGCUUGUAGAAUGCGCUCUCCAGGGAUCUGACACCAUCUUUAUCCAGCUUUAGGCACCAAGCAAAGCCUUUUCUCUAUUCCUGGCCUUUUGGUCCUUAAUUUGAAGAAUAGCACUGUGGUGUCUUUUAGUGGGGCAGGGCCCGUAGUCCUGCCUUUUUGUUUUGCUGUGUUUUUAGGCUUUUUUAUAUGAAUUGCUUGAAUUUUUAUUGUUGCUUUGAAUUGGUUUUAAUGUCAGUCCCCUUAAAUUACUUUGCAAGAAGAUAAACUGGCAAAUAUUAACAUUAAAAAUAAUAAAGUGUCUGGCCUGUAUUAGGAUCGAGGCAAGUGGCAACCUACUCUAUCAGAGGUCAUGGUAGUUCACAGCAUUGAGUGCACUCGUCAAACCCUCUGGUUAUGCAGGGGCUUUUGAGCAACCUAUCACUAAUAAUGUCUUUUGUUCUUAUGCUAUGGAAGUUACUUGAACAAAGGAAAAUUCAGAAAUCUACUGAGCAACAGCGACUUUGAGUCACAUGAUGUUAUUUGCUGCUGUGAUGUCCCUCAGAAGACAUCACUGGGACUCCUUUAUCCAAGACACUGAGGAGAACUUUGUCUGUGAAACAAUUGGGGCUCCUGGGAUGAAUCCUGCCUGAGCCCCAAGAGGGAUGAAUGCUGUUACUGUAUUCUCUGUCUAGGCAGAAAAAAGACAAAUCUAGAACCAGACCAAAAGUCCACUGUUAGCAACAUCCAGGAAAGCUUCCAUUGUGAGCAAGAACAGCAAUUUCUGGGGUAAGGGAACUAGUAAUUAUCUGUCUCCUGCUCCCCGUAUUUACCAGGGAAAUGGUAUAAUCAAAAUUAUAGGCAAGAUUCGAUGAAACAGUUGCGCUAGCGAGAACUAACACAACAAGCGCCACUAGUACAGUGGGAUUUUCUCCCCUCUCCUUCCUCACACCAGAUCUGGGGGGUCAGGAUAAUAGUGUGAAAGGGGAGGAGUGGGGAGAUUCCUCCAUCAGGGAAGCAGAGAUGCUUGCAGUGACUGAGCAAUUUCCUGUUGUUUUGAUUCCACCCAAUAGUAUUUCCCUGCAAAGGAUAUUACAGCGGUACCUCAGGUUACAUACACUUCAGGUUACAUACGCUUCAGGUUAGAGACUCUGCUAACCCAGAAAUAGUGCUUCAGGUUAAGAACUUUGCUUCAGGAUGAGAACAGAAAUUGUGCUCCAGCGGAGCAGCAGCAGCAGGAGGCCCCAUUAGCUAAAGUGGUGCUUCAAGUUAAGAACAGUUUCAGGUCAAGUACGGACCUCCGGAACGAAUUAAGUACUUAGCCCGAGGUACCACUGUACAGUUUUAUAAAAGUUUUUCAGAAUUUGAUCUACUUACUAAAAACAGAGAGAGCAUGAAAGCAUACAGCAAAGGCAGAGAACUUGUUGCCGUCCAGGUGUUGCUGGACUCCAACUCCCAUUAACCCCAGUGAGCACUGCCAAUGGUGAAGGAUGAUGGGCACUGUAGUUCAACAACAUGUUGGAGGGGGCAUAAGUCUCUCCUUCCUGCUGUAAUAGGUUCAAUGGAAUCUGUAUACUAGGGAGGACACCUGGAGUCCCAUUGGCCAAAUCUGGCCUCCUGGGUGGUGUUAUGUGGCCUCUUUCCCCAGAGGGAAAGAGGGGUGUGAAGGAACAUUGUGUGUGGCAAGGGAAUGUGGCAAUCUGCCACAUUUAGGAGGGGAGGCUGGGCUUUGGCCUUCCCCUCUCUUUCCUGAAGUGGUCUUAAAUUGACAAAAAAUGUUGCUGACUAGCUCACUGUUUACAUGAGAACAGGAUUAUUGCAUUGCAGGUGGUUGGACUAGAUGACCCUCAGGGUCCCUUCCAACUAUUCAGUUCUACGGUUCUGUAAGUUAAAUGGAUGCCCAGACAGCUCCCUGUUUCUGAAACAGUCUGGUUUGACAGCAAUAGAAAAACAUACAAUCAGAAUAAAAUACAAUUAUAUUAUCUGUUUUAUUAAUCUCUAUAACUAAAAUGUAGUUAUAGUUACAUUUAAACAGAUAACCAAAUGGUAGCAACAGAGUUCAACAAGUCCAAUGAACCACAUAAAGUAUUUUCAUCAAAGGCAAAGAUGGAAGGCAGCUAAUUUGAGCUAAUUCACGGGCGAUUUGAGACCUGAUGUAAAUAGUAAAGACACUGAAGGCUAUCAUGUGACAUUUUGCCCUUGCCAUGCUUCCCCAACUACAAAGCAGAUGUGUAUCUGACAUUUUCUUUCAGAGAUGUUGAAUUUCUGGGAGGAAUUCAAUAUCACAUUUUCCCAGUUGUUCUGUCAGCUUGCCAGGUGGAAGAAUCUCCCAUCUUCUUCACCAUGUGCUGCUUUAGGGGUUCCCUUGACCCCCAAGCCAAAUUUGUGGGGAGCACAUGAGGGGAGACAGUGGGGAAGCCCCAUUGUACUAGUGGAAGCUCUUGUAGUCCUCUGUUUCCUUUUAAAAUACUUUUAAAAUGGACUGAGUCUGGGCUUGCAUGUAUUUUAAAAAGGAUGAUGGCAAUGGUAACAGUUUCCAUACAUGCCUAUAUUACAUUUGUUGUGAUAAGAACACAUUUGUGUACUUACGUAUGGUAUUGGCAAUACUGAGGUAACCUUGAAACAAUUUCAGACCCAGUGACUCCAAAGAAAUGUUUAGAUUCUCUAUUCCUAGCUUCCAGGUAAGCAGCUGGGUUGUUUUUUUUUACCAACUUGGUCAACAACAUAUGUCAGUAAACUCUUAGGUCAUAUUAUAUAACAGGUCAAUUUUAUAUUGGCGUAAGACUAAGCUUUAAAAAAGGUUUCUGAAACUGACCAUUACAAAAAAUACUGCAUUGCCCAGGAAAUUUAAUUUGAUUGGGGUUUGUUUUUGUUUAUAGUAAAAUAGCAAUACGUAACCCUUCUCCCCAAUUUAAAUAAAUGUUUAUAUAGAUAGCCAGAUGUGAAGUGCUCAGUAGCCAUACAGUUUCAUUUCUACUAGUUUAUUUUUUAAAAACACACACCUUGCGUUUAACGUAUGAAUUUAUUGUUUUAUACAAUCACAAUUUGAAGACAUAACUAGAACAGUACUAAAAAUGUGACAUAGGAACUGAUAUGAACAGAAUUAAAACAGAAAGUAUGAAUGCCUUAAAUUGGGGUGUCAGUUUUUACCAGAGGGGCAAGAACUGCUCAGGUAAAUACAAUGCCAGCUUUGGGGAUCACACUGCUCUAUGAACCAAGGUACAAGCUUUAUUUGCCAGGGCCCCACAGAGGCUGCAGACAACACCCACAAGAUUAUUAGGCAGCUUAGUGUGAAAAAAAGAAUACUAUUUUAUCUCCUAAAUGGAACAAACCAGCACAGUAAUCUAGCAUUGUACAGGGGAAAACCUGUUGAGUCACUUCUGACAAGGCAUAAGGAGGUAAUCUGAGUAAAGACGUUUACAGAAGGAAAGGUAUGGUGAUGCUUCCGAAAAAUGACAUUUCGGUUCUGCACCACUAUGCAUGCUAUUUAUUCUACUUUGCAGUGGGUUUGUAUGGCUAGGCUGUUUUGACAUAUAGGCUGUAUAAACCAGAAUGUCCUUGAUUUUCAGAGGAAACUUCACUUGUUGUCAUUUUAUUUACCGUACUUAAGUUUUUCCAAACCAUCUUUCGUGCUGAACCUUCCUUGCAUAAACAAAAACUACCAAAAUUGAUUGGCAUACAUGAAGAAAAGAAAACACACACGCUCCUAACAUUUAAUAGGGCUGAGCCAAAACAAGUUGUAAUUAAUCAUAAAUGCUAUGAGCCGGAGGAAAUUUGGAGCACGGUAAAUUAUGCCCGCCCUUUGAUAGCCUAUAUUAUUCGCACCUAGAAAAUCAGAUAACAUGCAAACCGGCAAUCUUGAUAGAUUAUCAGACAUGCAUCAGCACAAACUCACCCACAUCCGGGCUUUUAAAAAAAAUAGACAACCAGACCCACUUCUAGGGAAAAAGUGGGCAGUCUGAAAACUCAAGCCAUGCAAAAGAUAUGUUAGAUGAUGUAAAAAGUGACAGAUAACAACAUGAAAAGGGGUUUCAUCCAGUACUAGUUAUAUUCAGAGGAGACCCAUUGAAGUUAAUUCAGAUGUCUUAGGUUCAUUCAUGUCCAUCUGCCCUGAGCAGAAUUUAGUUGGAAAGAACUCAAAUAAAUUAAGUAGAUUAGGCUCCCCUAUAAUUCCAGACUCUGAUCAAGCAGACCCAUUUCUUCCUCUGCCACUCCCCACUACUCUGCACAGAGUAUUCAUCAAUGUUUCUGAAAGGAAGGAAUAAUUCUAAAACACGAAGACCCUAUUCCUGACAAGUCAUAUGAAGUUAUCAGUGAUUCCAUAAAUAUCCCUGACGACAUUCUUAGCAGGGAACUGAUUGGAGCAGUUGCAUGAAACAUUUGUGCCUGAAGGUAUCAUCACAGCACAAAAUCAUUGAAUUUUAGCUUCAAAAACAGAUAAAUCCUCUAUCUAGGUUACAGAUAGAUGAUCUGUUAAUUUGAGUUUUCUGAGUUUCUCAUCUUAAAUUCAGUUCUCCAUAUUUCUGCGGCAAUUUGUCAUUUUAAAAUGUCAUGAAAAUUUGUCAGCGUUUUAGUAUCAGUUUCUUUUCUUUACACAUUAAUUAAUUAAAUUUAUUUUUAUUAUUACUUAAUAAUUAAAUUUAUUAGUCACUUGUUUUGCCACAGCAACUCCAAGUGACUUACAAUAUUAUAAGCAAAAAAACACAUACUGUACAUUGAAACCAGCAUCAAAAAACUGUAAGCAGUUUUAAAUAAUAUACACAUUUUUGCAAGCAAUUUCCCAAUAUAUAAUGCAAUUUUGUUUGUUCUUUUCAUUAAUAUAUUCAUUUUUAUUUUGGUUAGAAAAUUGUACCACCAAGUUCAGAUAACAGCGAAUUCCAAAGGAUACCUGGUGCUGCGGUUUGCACAUUUUUUCAGAAAGUACAAAUUUGGUUAGUUCACCUUUAAAUGUGGACUGAAUCAGAUUUCUUCUCCAUGCCGCAUCUAGAUGUAGGACUGCACUGAGAGUCAGACACAUACAAACCUCAAAGAGCUACUUGGGAAGAAUGCUUAACCCAGGGGUAGGCAACCUAUGGCUCAGGGGCCUGAUGUGGCCCAAUUACCUUCUUAAUCUGGCGUGCAGAUGGUCUGGGAAUCAGCGUGUUUUUACAUGAGUAGAAUGUCUCCUUUUAUUUUAAAUGAAUCUCCGGGUUAUUUGUGGGGCCUGCCUGGUGUUUUUACAUGAGUAGAACGUGCGAUUUUAUUUAAAAUGCAUCUCUGGGUUAUUUGUGGGGCAUAGGAAUUCGUUCAUAUUCCCCCCCCCAAAAAAAAUAUAGUCCGGCCCACCACAUGGUCUGAGGGAUGGUGGACUGGCCCACGGCUGAAAAAGGUUGCUGACCCCUGGCUUAGCCAAAAGCCACCUGUUUCUAAGAACCACCCUCCCCUAAAGCGGUUUCUCUUUAAAAACAAACAACUUUACAAUCUAAAUCCAUUUUACCUUUACAAACCAACCAUCCAUUCAACAAAAACUCAGUGGUGAAGAACCACUGCCAGUCAGUACAGACAGUGCUGAGCAAAUGGACCACUGGUCCGACUCAGUACAAGACAGCUUCCUAUAUGUCCCUAGUGUUUGACUGAAUAGAUGUCUCUGGUAGGAGAAAAAGAAGAAAGGCAGUUUUUGUCUAUCUCCCCCCCCCUUUAUAUAGUCCCCAGUGCCCUCUGAAAAUUGGUCUCAGAGGGUUGGGUGACCUUCCAGAAUACGGUGGAAGGUGGCAUUGGGCCUCAAGGGGGAAGAACAAAUCAUCAUCAUCAACAACAAAAAUGUUCCCCUUUUUCAUUAGCAGACGAAUCUGCCAGAUCAAAAGUCCAUUUGUGAGCACAAGCUCACUGGAUUCCAACAAACAGCAGCAACUGGAUUCCACUCAUAGGGAACAGCAUGCCAGGACAGUAUGAGGAGGACACUCAGGGGCUAGCAGCAGAUGACAUGAGAGGAAGCAAUGACUAUGCUGAAAGGAAGGCUAGGGGAUAGCAUUAAUUCCAGGCAUAUUCAUUGCCUGCUGACUUGCUUUGCUGGAUCAGAUUAAGGUCAACCUACUCCAGUACUCUGCUUCCAAUAGCAGCUAACCAAACACCUAUGGAAGCUCACACAGAAGAAGCAUGAAGCUGAUGUCAUUGUCUGUUUAGAACCAGGUUGUCUCCAGCCACUGGUACAGAGCAGAAGCUACACCAUCUUUGAACAUGAAGGCUCCAUUUAGUGAACAUAACUAUCAACCAUUGACAGGACUUGACCUCCAUGAAUUUGUUUUGUCCUGAAGUUGCUUUUUGAAGCCAUUCAAGCUAAGGGCCAACAUGAUGUUUUGUGGCAACGAAUUAUGCAAGUUAAUUAUGCUUCAUACCAUCUGUUUUGUAGCACUUCCUUGUGUUUUAAACACCAGGUGAUUACUUGCUUCCAUGUGUGAAUCAGCCACCCUGAAAUUUCAGUGAAGACAGAUCAUGCAGUGGAAGACAGGAGUGCCUGGCGUGCUCUGGUCCAUGGGGUCACGAAGAGUCGGACACGACUAAACGACUAAACAACAACAACAACAAAAAUUGAUUGAACAUACAUAUUGGAGCCUUAUAUUUCUUUCUCUUUGUAUGUCUGCAGAUGAAGGUGCAACCAAGAGGCAUUUUUACUGAAGUAAAUAAUGAUAAAUAUAUGAAUCAGUUCAAAGAAAACUUCAAAAGGAAAGAGGGUAGGUUAGAUGCGAAACCUGUUAAGGAGAAAGGUUUAAUGCAGAGAUGGGGAACCUGUGGCCCUCCAGAUGUUGUUGAAUUCCUGUUUCCAUUAGAUCCAGACAGCACCAUCAGUGGUCAAGGAUGCUGGGCGCUGUGGUUCAACAUCUGAAGGACCACAGGCUCCCUGUCCCUGAUUUAAGAAGAGAAUUGACAGGGUCAUAACAUUUGAAGGAAAACAUGGUUUUAGCCAAUGCAUUUACAAGCGACUAGAGGAAGAUACAGGAGGAAGAAGGCCCACAGCACUGUAUCGUGUUUCAGGUUAUCAGAAGCAGUGUUUAAAAACAAUGAAAAACAUUGGUCUAGGGGAGAGACUACCAGAAGGAUGUGCAGUCUUUAGCAGGAGAUUCAGAAAGGAAAGAGUAGAUCUUGAAAAGGAAGACAUGAUGUGAUUGUUGUGACUGCACGUGAGAGAUAUGCAAAUGGAAGAAAGGAGUCAAGAGUUGACCUCAGGCUUGUGAUGCUAUUGCAUGAGAAAAAAUUAUUUCCCUCCACUACUUUAAUGCAGAAUGAUGAGGCCAAUUACACCAAUUUGUGGAUCAUAGAAGUCUCAGAUUCUAGGAAGGGACCUAGUCUCUCCUAGUUAGACACUUCCUUCAUACUCAUGCUUUGUUUCCUCAAGACAAGUUUAGCUAGUUCUGGGGCAGUUCUAGCCAGAAAAUCUGAGUCAGCUAUUAUCCACGUGACACAUUAUGCGGACAGUGAUCUUGUUUUAAACACAGAGUUAGGACACUCAUUGCUCACUGCAAGCCCAAUAAACAAGCAGAUUCCCAAGGGGUCAUUAAGGCCCCACCCUUAAUAACCCCACCAUUCUCUUCUGGAAGGAUGUUAUCUUCUGGUUUUCAAUAAGCAUCCUUCACAUAUUACUGUUUUUAUGUGUAGAAGUAACAAAAACAAUCUGUUUCAAAGACAAGGGUCUCUGAAUUCAGAGCUCAAACCCCCACUAAGGGCUCAUGGAGUCAGGAUCCAAGUCCCAAAUCUCCAUGCUCCAACUGCAAGCGAGUGGAGGAGAUUAACGAAUUGCGAGCCAGCUCUAAUUAAACCAGGAAUUAAUUCCAGAAUGCGCUGAUUAACCUAGGAUACUGACUCAUACAAGGGACUUCAUUCUAGGCUGCACACGUUGCAUGAACUUCCUCCAGGUGACCAUUCUGUGUGUUUCCUAUGUUCACUAGCAACCAGUAAACAUAACAGGCACAUUUAUUUCUUGCAGAAAUGAACUGCAAGGCAGGAAUUCAGAGUCAGACUGGGAAUGCCAAAUCGUAAAAUUGAAACAUAGCUCAAAGAGGGCCUGAGUCAACGGCGCAAGGGUGGGCGGGGAAAGAAAGAGAAAUUGGCUAAUUUUAUGUAUCCUUUGCUUUUUGAGCUGCUAUGGGAGUACCAGACUUUUGUGUGAAGGAAAUUCGUCCUCUGAUUUUUAGAAGACACUUGAAGGGGCAAACAUGCUCUGCAGAAUGGACUGAGACACUUUGCGCUGCAGAGUGGCUGCCAUAUAUAAAAGUCCCUGCAAAUCUGUGCACAUAAAGAAAGAAAUGUAGUAGCCUUUGCCUGCUGUGCUAGUUUUUGACCUACAGGGAGGAAUGUGAGGGAGCAUUUAUAUAAACCUGCUAAUAGUGGAGGCUGGCUUAUGGGGCACGGCCACACUAACCACAGUCUGCCCCCAGCCAGCGCCCCCAUGCCUGCCUUACUACUUACAACCAGCCCAGGGAGUGGCACUGCCGGUCAGUUCCUUUGUCUCAGUGUGGUCCCUUGUAGGAUUCAGCAGCAGGGAGGAUGAGGACAAACCUAGAAUGAGUUGGCCCUUUCUGUAAUUGGCUCUUGCUCCACCUACAGCUGAUCCCCAUCUUACACCCUACCAGUCCCUAGGGGCAGUAGCCGUCACUGCACUGCAAUGCCAGGGUGAGACUGACUACCACCUGGGUGUGUGUGGCAAAUCCAGAAUGUGCUCGGUCGCAAAAGGGAAAGGUGCUGAGGUGCAGAAAAGUACAACGCAGGGCAUUCCAACAAGCAAGGCUGUUUGCCAGCACAGCAAUGCCAGGGUCCACUUGGCAGCCCUGCUCCUUUGUCACCCUAACAUAUACAGUGGGCUUUGGGUGUAAUGAUGGGGAGAAGUUCCCUCCAUUUGUGAAAUUCCCUUUCUUCUCCCUAGAGAGGCUCAAGCAGUGUCCACAUUAAUAGCUGUCCAGUGCCAGGCGAAGUCCUUUCUUUUCUUCUAGGGAUUGUAAAGUUGUUAUAGUAUCAUUUCCACACCUUGUAUUGAUAUCCAUUAUGUGAGUCUCGGCUGUUACCCUGAUUAAUUUAUUUUGCCCUGUGCAGUGUGUUAACCCUCUGUCAUUUUGAUUAGUUCACCUCCAUCAUUUUAGUGUUGUGCUAUGAUUUUUAGGUUUGAUUAAGUCAGUGGUUCUCAAAGGAUGUGGUGCGCCACACUGGUGUGGCAGGAGAGGAUGGCAAGUGUCGUAGGAAGAUUCAAGGGCAAUCAAAGAAACAUUUACACAUUUCAGUGAAGUAUAGUACUGAAUCAAAAUAAUAUUUUUUUAUUUGCUGAAUAUGGAUAAAUAUCUUCUCAAAAUGGGAGCAAGUGAUAUUGAUGAUAAUCCUAGUUGUGUUUCCCACUGUAUUUCUUUCUUUUUUAUUAUAUAUAUAUUUUAUUGAUUUUAAAGAUUUUAUCACAAUACAAAAAAACCCACCACCCAUCGGUUAGCAAAAAUAUAUUAUGUAGAAAUAAAUUUUUUUUACAAAAAUAAAUAAAUAUUGCAUACAAAUAAAAUACAGUUCUUCCAUACUUUCAGACUUCCGUCUCUCUCAGCAUGGGUCCUUCAUUUCCUCAUUAACUGCAUUAUAUUAUAACAAUUAAUAUAGAUUGUCUAUAUUCUUUAUAACAUAUUAUAUUGCAGAAUGUAUAUUGUCCCAAUGUAUUUCUUAUCAGUAAAAAAACUGAUGUGGCGCAAAGUAAAUUUUUAUUCUGAAAGUAUGGCCCAGAUAAAAAAGUUUGAGAACUUCUGGAUUAAGUUUGUUUUAAAACAAUAAAUGCUGUUAUUUAAAUAAAGUGCACCACCCAGAGAACUCUGGUUAUGGGGUGACUCAGAAGCACCGCAAAUAAAUAAAUUGAGGCACUGAACAAGACAAGCUGCAAAUGUCCCCUGAGAAUUUAGAAUUAUUUUGAGUCCAUAGACAUAACACCAAUGCAAGCUAAGAACCACCUAAGUCAGCUCUGUUUAAGAAUAGAACACUUUCCACCUUUCCCUGGGAAGGUGCAAUCGUACCCAAAGCCAAUAGGAAUUUCUGCCAGUCAGAGAGCACCCCACUUGACUUACUCUAUUUUCUUCUCUCUUUCCAGCUGGAGAAAUAGUGCAAAGUGUAUUCUCAGGACAGUGGGACAUAAGACAACAGCGCAAAGUUCCAGAAAUCCCCAAACAAAUGAAAGAUAUGCAGAGCACAGAAGGUGCAGGGGCACAACCACAACAACACAAAUUCCAAGAAAUUCCUCUCCAAAGUGAUGCAGGACAAGCAGGGAGCUCUGGAUCUUCAGGACAACAAGGGUCUUCAGGGCAAGCAGGGAGCUCUGGUUCUUCAGGACAACAACGAGGCUUUUCCGGACAAGCAGGGAGCUCUGGUUCUUCAGGACAACAACGAGGCUUUUCCGGACAAGCAGGGAGCUCUGGCUCUUCAGGACAACAAUGGGGCUUUCCAGGACAAUCAAAGAGCUCUGGUUCUUCAGGUCAACCAGGGAGCUCUGGCUCUUCAGGACAACAACGAGGCUCUUUGGGGCAAGCAGGGAGCUCUGGCUAUUCAGGGCAAGCAGGGAGCUCUGGCUCUUCAGGACAACAACGAGGCUCUUUGGGGCAAGCAGGGAGCUCUGGCUCUUCAGGGCAAGCAGGGAGCUCUGGCUCUUCAGGACAACAACGAGGCUCUUUGGGGCAAACAGGGAGCUCUGGCUCUUCAGGGCAAGCAGGGAGCUCUGGCUCUUCAGGACAAGCAGGGAGCUCUGGCUCUUCAGGACGAGGCUCUUCAGGACAAGCAGGGAGCUCUGGCUCUUCAGGACGAGGCUCUUCAGGACAAGCAGGGAGCUCUUCAGGACAACAACAAAAAAUCCAGGACCUUCCUAGUCCAAGCCAAGACAACAAGGGCGGUGAAUUAUCUAGGUAAGGAAUGGGCACUGAGAGGACAAGUUAGAAAGGAUCUCUUGUGUUUACUGGACCCUAUUUUCUGUACAGUUCAGGUAUGUGUACAGUACAUAGUCACAAAUUCAGAGUCUGAAGAGGAUACACAAAUAAGUCACACUGCACCUGGAUUCUGUGCAUAUUUACCUUACGUACCCCAAAAUUGCUUUUUUUAGGAAAACCCAAAAGUUGGAAGAUCCGGAUGUAUAGCAGCCCUACCUUACAGUCAGAUGAUUCAGUGGGGCUCCAGGAAAAGGUGCUUAGCAUUGCAUCCCACAAGGGGGUUGGAAAGAGGGAGAGAGAGCCAAGUAUGGAUUGGGACUCAGUUAAUAUAACCACUUCUCCCAAAAGAGACUCUGUACCUUUAACUGUGAUAAAAGAGGCAUCAUUAUCAUCACCAACGAAAGCAACUUCCUCCUUUUACUGCUACAGUUAGGCACUCACUAGAAUAGUCCUGUUAGCAUCACUUUCUCACACCCUUAUUUUCCCAUCUGUAAAAAUUAGAACAAUAACAACUAAGUUCAUAGUUCAGUUGUGAGGAUAAGCAGGAUAACAAUUGUAGAAGAACUUUGCAUUUUAAAGUUGUCAUUGUUCGUGUGAACUUGUCCCACUCAACUCAGUGGAAAACUGCUUUAAAAUAUAUAUUUUACAGCACCUAAAUGCAUGCUAAGUAAUUAUGCAUAAAACAGCGUUAUAUGCAGAGCUACUCAUAGGGAACCAUACCAUGAAAUACACAAUCUAGACUAGACCCUAAAAUAGAACUUGCCUCCCUGGAAAUCUCAACAUUUCUUAAGGUAGGUUUUUGAUCCUUGCAGCUUGGGAAAACAUUUGAAAAUUGGUGAUUAAUGCCCAUGAAAGAUUCAGACUGCAUAUGUACAUUUGAAAUACAUGGCCCAUGAAAAAAAAUAAUCCUGGGAACUGAAGUUUAAGCUUCACAGAGCUACAAUUCCCUGCUUCCUUCACAAACUACAGUUCCUAAGAUUAUUGGGGUGAGUGUGUGCCUCAUAGUUCAUUUAAAAAAGAAAACAAAAAGGUGGACUUUGAGAACUACAUUCCCUAUGCCUUGCUGAGUUCCCUUCUCUCCAUCUUUCUCACCGGCUGCCCUAGCCAACAUUUUCCUUCUUUUUGUGUCCUGCACCAUCUAAAUCUAUGCCAAAAUAUUUCUAAUGGAUUUGUGUGUUUGAUACUAUGGAAUACUACUGUAAGGGUACAGAAUGCAAGCUUACCCAUUCAUUUUCACAAAAAAACAUUGAGUUUUUGGUGACGUCUACAUGCUGAGUUUUGCAUUUUAUUCACGUGCUUUGAGAAAUGGGGUUGCAUCCAACUGCAUUUUGCUCAGAAUAGGCCCAUUGAAAUUAAUGGACCUAAGUUAGUCAUGGUUAUUAAUUUCAAUGGGUCACACAACCCAUGAUUGCUCCACCACAAUACAGGUCAUUUGGGCAUGUAUAUAACUUGUUUGCAACGUAUGCAAUUUUUACAUAGUUGCCUGUCAUUUUCUAUCCAUGCCCAGUGCUCCAAUUCUAUACAAGAAGCAUAAUAGGUUGCUGCCUUCCUAUUAUAAGUGAACCAACAACAGGACUGUAGGAGUCACUACAAAGGUUGGCAUAGCAAAGAAGCCAUACUGUUUAUCUACCCAGGCCCAUUUUCUAGUUGUUUCAGUCAGUUUCCACAACCACCCCGUUGUUGUUGCUGUUGUUGUUGUUGUUGUUGUUAACUGAAUUUCUAUACCACCCUUCAUCUGAGGAUCACAGGGCAGUUUACAAUAUAAAAACACAAAAAUACAUAAUGUAAUAUUGGGUUGCCAUGGCAUGGGUGUUUUGUUGAGACUUCUUCCAAUGCAAUUUGUUCUUCUCCACAACCAUCAUGAAAAACCUAUUCAGAUGAAUUGAUUCAGAGUGGACUCAUUGAAAUGAAUGAACAUAACUCUUAGGUCCCUUCAUUUCUACUCUAUGUAAAACUCAGCUGAAUACCACGUGAAAGGUUUAUGCAAUCAAAGGUUUGCAAUGGGGGCAUGUCCUGCAGUUUGCUCAAUAAUUGCACUGCAUUUGCCUUACCUGGGUCAGCUAGUUCCUCUAUGUGUCAGUCAGCUGAUCUGCUGAGAAACACACAAUUUGUGUCAACCAGGGCAUGAUUUCCUUUGAGCAUGGACACAGCCCUGGAAUACACGCAAUCAUGAUAAAACUCGUGAGCACCUGCAGCUGGAAACAGGUACAAAGGUUUUUUUUAACCCUCUGUACUGAGUAUCAGGGAAGGGUUUCCAAGGGAGACAGUGUGAUCUCAAGCCUUGUUUAAAUUUGAAACAAAAGCUGCUUCAGUCCACAGAGAGAUUAUAGUGUGUGUUUGGUCAAAGGACUUAAAAGAAAGAAAGAACAGGCAGAUCAAGACUGCUAGCUCAGCUGCCCAUGCCUGGAAGCGUGAAGCCAGCUGCAAAUCAGGCACAAUGUAAGCGGACUGGCAAAACUGGUUUAUGGAUAAGCACUAAGAAAGUCACCACGCGGGUGGCGCGGUGGGUUAAACCACAGAGCCUAGGACUUGCCGAUCAGAAGGUCGGCGGUUCAAAUCCCCGCGACGGGGUGAGCUCCCGUUGCUCAGUCCCUGCUCCUGCCAACCUAGCAGUUCGAAAGCACGUUAAAAGUAGUUUGAUUACAAUGAUGAACCUGAGCCAGGAAUCUAAAGCAAGUAUUGUUCUCGAACCACAACAACUCGUCCUGCUCUCCAGUGUUUAAGGAAUUAAAGUUCAAUGAGAUUCCUACACCAAAAAAAUCCCAAGAAUCCCCAGUAAUCCUACCUCCUCAUUUCCUGCCUUGCACAACUGCCCUGAAAAAAAUUUCUAGGGUAAUCAGAGGGGAAAGCUUGGGUGGAGGUUUCCCUCAUUCCUCUUUCACUUCUCCACCAACCUUUUUUGGGUUCAAACUGGCAGUCUUCCUGUCAGCAAAAGCUGUCCAAUCAGCUGCUGGGAAGCUGAGACAAGGGCAAUGCUACUCACCAUGACAGGACCGCAUCCAUGCAACCUGUACGCAGCAGCAAGGUUGUUGCAGCAGCAAGUGCCAGGCCAGGUCUCAGGGUGGAGCCUAUUCAAUGGGAAAAGUUGGAGAUGGAAAUAGCUCAGGAAACAGGAUUAGGUUUUUGGAGGUUUGGGUUAGGUUUUUGGAGGUUGGUCAACAUCUGUUAUUCACAGGUUAUGAUACUCCUCUCCAGAAGUAAGACCGAUCCUGGAUCACAGGGUGCUAAAUUUUUUGCUUUGCUUUAUCCUGCAGAAAGCUACAGUUCACAGCACCCUUAACAAACUAGGAUUCAUGGGAUGUGUAUGUGCUUUAAAUGUAUGGGGCGUGCCUUCUCAUGCCUGCUUCUUCUCUAGUCUUCUGUUCUCCCUUCUAGUCCUUCCACACCGUCUUGUGGCACCUACAUCUCCUUUCUUACAGAAUCAUAAAAUCACAGAAUUGUAGAGUUGGGAGGCUUCCUGAGGGUUAUCUAGUGCAACCCACUGCAAUGCAGGCAUCUCUCCCCCGCCCCAAUUUUUUUUUAUUGGUUUUCUCUUAUAACACACAUUACACUUAAGGAAAACAUUACACUUAACACAACAUAAAAACUUAACAGCAACAAAAACACAAAAAAUAAAAGAAGAAUUUUUUCUUAUUGUUCCCAGGUAUAUUUACAUUGCUAAUAGACUUUCUCGAAACCCUCCAAUCUGAAUUUAAUCACAUCUCAUAUUUAGCAGUUCCCAAAUUCAUAUUUAUAACAUCAAUAUCUUCUUUCAUUACAAACUCUUAUCCUUACUUCCAAUUAUAAUCCAUAAUAGUCAUCAUUAUUAAUCUUUUUCUAUCCCUUAGCCUAAUCUGUUACUUCUAGGAAUUUCUUAAUUAUCUUAUAUUGCAAUAUCUCGCUAAAUAUUAUUUAAAUUUCUUCCAAUCUUCUUGUGUUUCCUCCUCUUUCUGGUUGCGAAUUCUUCCAGUCAGGUCAGCCAGCUUCGAGCAGUGCAGGCAUCUCAGCACACGGUCUCCCAUCCAGUUUGAAACCAUACUGUACCCUGCUUAGCUUUGCAAAUGUGCUAGCAUUUUUAUUACUGAGCCACUACAGUUGGAAUUUGUCUAAUCAGACAAGAAGGGAGUGGGUGCAGGCAGUGAAGGUGGACCAUUUGAUGAACAAAUCCAGCAUGGAAAAUUCAGCUCAACCGAUGGGCAUCAUGGUGUGCCUGUUGCGGUAUUGUAGUGGAUGUGGGCACCCCAUCGAUGACCCUCCACAGUAGUUGAGGACAUGCUGUAGACAGAUUCCUUUACUUCUUGUUGCAGUGGGUGGCAUUCAAUGCUAGUCCUACACAGAGUAGACCCACUGAAGUGAACAAACAUUCAUUCAUUUCAGUGGCUCUGCUCUGGACUUAGCCCAAUACAAUCCAGUGCAGCCCAAAGUUAUUUUGACUUUGAACAGAUGAGGCAAGUAUUGCUAAUGUGCAGUCUGUCCAGUGAGCAGCCAGUUCUUAGUGGGGCUCCGUUGAUUCUCUGAAUGUCACCGUUAUCAGCUGAGUUUGUGAGGUAAAUGUGGUGGUAGCUCCUAAAUACCAGACCCUAUUGUGUGUGUGGAAUAUGCAUACCAGCCCCAACGUGACCCACACCCCACUCCAGAGCAUGAAGGAGAAACAUUUCAUUGACCCUUUCCUGAAGCACAAUAGGGUUUCGUGCAUCUACAUUAAUAGAAUGAGAAGCUGUUAAGCAGGAGAUGAUUCUCCCCAGGUAGGCACACAAUAAUAAACAAGGAAAGCAGACACCCAUCAAGGAUGAUACAAUUCUGGGGCAUCCUGAUUUAGGUGAUGGUGUUUUCAUAAAUGAUCCAUGACAUGGGGGUCUUGCAGCCGCUCUUCAAUCGGCUUUGGGUCCAUACAAUGAAAAGUGAUAUACACAAGCCUCAAAUAAGUAAAAUAAAUAAAUGAGAGCACCUGCUUUCUCUCCAGAAUGAACCCCUAUGCUGGCCUUGUGGACUGCCUGCGUGCCACCUGGCUGACGGGAAAGACACGUCCCAUGGAGUAUCGGCAAGGGCAGCUGGAGGCCCUGAAUCGCUUCCUGGAGGAGAGGAGGUCAGAUCUCCUGCAUGCUCUGAAUCAAGACAUGCGAAGGGUGAGUGUGGUCAUCCAGAUCAGAGGAACCACAAGGGUUACGGCAUGGUGUGGCUCUUCAGCCCAGAAUGGACUCUGCUAAUGUAUUUUCUUUCUUGCGUCCUCUGUACAGCCCCAUUUCGAAGGGGAGGUCGCUGAGGUUGCCUUCACAAGGAGUGAGGUGAACAAUGCCCUUAACAACCUGAGCUGCUGGAUGAAGGAUGAGAACGUGAGCAAGAACUUGGUAAGGAGGCUGAGUUGAGAAAAGAGGAAAGAUGACCUUGUGUGUUAAAUGGGGAGAAAAGUCUAGGAGCUGUGCUCAUUAAACUGGGGGUGGAUCUUGUAUCUGUGCAGUGCCCUUUCAAAACUGUUAUAUGGAUGUUCUGUUCGAAGGAGUCAUUUAACUCAUUCACUGUUAUUACUGUACUGUAUCUAUCUAUCUAUUUGUAUGUAAGGUCUCAAACUGGGGCCUCCAGCAGCUAGUCUCCUAGUGCUUUAGUUCCUGUGCCAGCAGCACUCAAAUUCCCACGGGUUUAGUAAGAUCACAUAAGUGCCCCAUUUUAGCUAUGUUGACUGAAUGCAUUUUCGCACUAAAGAUCAGCAAUGGUUGAAAUGCACAUUCAGGCUUUCAUUUCUACAACUUGCUUCACUCUUCUUCACUCUGCUCCACUUGCUUCAUGGAUUUUUGUGUGUGCCUUCACUUCCCUAUAGGCCACCAAGCUUGACUGUGCCUUCAUCCGCAAGGACCCAUACGGCGUAGUCGUCAUCAUUGCACCCUAUAACUACCCCAUCCAUCUUCUCUUGGUGCCUCUUGUGGGAGCCAUCGCAGCUGGUGAGUGAAAAACCAUCAGAGGUCCUCCAUCUAGUGCUUCACAACAUCUCCCUUCUUUCACUGGUCUCUUUACAGCAGCAGCGACUGCUGCUCCUUGUUUCCAGGCAUGCUGUAGUCUUUCUGUCUCCUGUCGUUAUGGUAAUGUGUCCCUUCUCUCCCACCAGGGAACUGCGUGAUUGUCAAACCCGCAGAGCUAGCCCGCCACACUGAAAGGCUUCUUGCCGAAGCGCUGCCUUGUUAUCUUGACCCGGUGAGUUCCUUGGUUCUUUCUUGUUUUCUCAGAGCACAACUGAUGCCAACUUACUGGACGCGCCUUCUUCCUGCUCCUGAGCAUUACAGUUGUCUUCCUUCCCCGGUGUGAUGGGUAUUGUCAAGUGGUGGCGCAGGGGCCACCACUGAACUAUCUCUCAGGAGGGUGGUGGUGGUAGUGGUUAACUGAAUUGCAUAAGAGGAGCUGUGCUGGAUCUAGUCCACAGUAGCCAACCUGAUCGCUAUGGGAGGUCUGCCAGGGAGGAAUGAGCACACCAUCACUUUCCUGCCGUUGUUCUGCAGCAACUGGUAUUCAGAGGCUCACUAUCACUGAUCUUGGGGAGCUGCACUCUUCAUAACAAUAGCCACUGGUAGCCUUAUCCUGCAUGAAUUUCACUAAUGUGAACCUUCUCUUAUUUUACAGGAAACCUUUGCUGUAGUGACAGGUGGCUCUGAAGAGGUAACCAAACUCCUGGAGAACCAGUUUGAUUACAUCUUUUUCACAGGUGAUCUCUCUUUUUUUAUUUAAAAAAACCACCUCCAUUUUUAUUACCAUCACCCUUUAUAUAGUGCUUAUAAAAUUAAAGCAUCCUCAUAAGCCACAUCCCAACAGAAUGUCAGAUUUCCACUUUUUUAAAAAAGCAAACCUUGAUCUUGGAACGGCAGUAAAUUAUGAAAAAUUAAACAUGGGCUAUGUUAUUUCCAGAAUUCAUUUUUACACAGAUUCUUUCUUUAAGCACAUGAUUUGGGGUUAUCUUGGUGCAGAAUGUGAGGUGGGAGUUUGCGGAGUAGUGUAUCUCUCUCGUGACUCCACUAAAUCUUGCCAUCCCUCUGCAGGGAGUCCCCGCGUGGGAAAGAUUAUCAUGACUGCAGCAGCCAAACACCUGACCCCAUUGACUCUGGAGCUGGGGGGCAAAAACCCCUGCUACGUGGAUAAAUGCUGCAAUUUCCAGAACGCGGCCAACCGAAUUGUCUGGGGGAAGUUCUUCAACGCUGGCCAGACUUGCAUUGCACCAGACUAUGUGAUCUGCACCAUUGAAACGCAGGAGAGGCUGAUGCCUUGCCUGCGCCAAGCUAUCCGUGAAUUCUACGGUGAAUGCCCCCAGGAUUCGCCUGACUUUGGCCGUCUGAUCGACGAUAAGCACUUCCGGCGCCUUCGAGCAUUCCUGGAAUGUGGCCGAGUGGCCAUUGGUGGAGAGUCUGAUGAGUGUGACCGUUACAUUGGUGAGCAAGUGACCUGCUGACAGGGAGCCUGGGGUGGGGAAAAGACCGGAAGACCCUCUUUGAUACCCCCCCCUUUUUAUUUUUGACAUUUAUAUCCUGCCCUUUCUCCCUAAGGAGCCCUUGGCAGUAAACAAUGUAACAAAACAGAAUUAAAAUAUAUUAAAAACAUUUAACAACACAAGAGGAGCCCUGGUGGAUCAGGCCAAAGGCCCAUCUAGUCCAGCAUCUUGUUCUCACAGUAGCCAAUCAGAUGCCUAGGGGAAGCCCACAAGCAGGUCCUGAGCACAAGAGCACUCGACCCACUUGCGCUCCCUAGUAACUGGCAUUCAGAGGCAUAUUGUGGGCUUGUGCACUGGGAAGUGCAGCCUUGGGUGAAACGAAGGCCAUGGCUGAAUUGGAAGGCAUGGGAGCAAUCUGAGAAUAUAAUGUGUCUUGAUGCAAUCUUCUGCCUGCAGCCCCCACUGUACUGGCUGAUGUGAAGGAGUGGGAGCCGAUCAUGCAAGAAGAGGUCUUUGGGCCCAUCCUGCCCAUUUUCACUGUGGGAGACUUGGACGAGGCCAUCCACUACAUCAAUAGAAAGCAACGCCCACUGGUUGCCUAUGCCUUCUCCUGCGACUGCAAGGUAUGCUUUAGGGGUAAAGGUAAAGGUAAAGGGACCCCUGACCAUUAGGUCCAGUCGUGGCCGACUCUGGGGUGGCGGCGCUCAUCUCGCUUUAUUGGCCGGGUCAUGUGGCCAGCAUGCCUAAGCUGCUUCUGGCGAACCAGAGCAACGCACGGAAAUGCUGUUUACCUUCCCGCCGGAGCAGGACCUAUUUAUCUAUUUGCACUUUGACGUGCUUUCGAACUGCUAGGUUGGCAGGAGCAGGGACCGAGCAACGGGAGCUCACCCUGUCGCGGGGAUUCAAACCACUGACCUUCUGAUCAGCUUUAGGGUUAGAGCUCUCCUAAUCCAGGAAGUUGGGGAUGGUUACAGGAACGUGACCAACAGCCAGAGAAGUGUGGUGCUGCUUUCAAAAUGUGCUUAUGCUUGGCUGUAUCAACAUUGGUAUAAUGUCCACGGAGCAGCUCCCAGCAGCAUAUCUUUGCAUGCUCACAGUGUUUAAACAUUGCACCGGUGGCAAGGAGGCAUGUUGGACCUCCAGAUUCUUUGUAACAUACAACAAAUGUUUGUGUAUAUGGUAAAUGCACAGCCCGAUGCUUGUUUCUUAAGAAGUGAAUUCCAUGGAGGUAAAGAAGACUUAGCUACAGCAUUAUUAAGAAACAUGUAGGGGCUUACUUCCAUAGAGGGUUGCAGCCUUGUUUCCCAAGUAAGUAUGCAUAGGAUUGUAGCCUGAGCAAGAAAGAACAAUCUAUAUUUGUCCCGUGAAAAUCUGUGACCACAGUGAAUUCUGACAGCAGUGAAUUUGCUCUGACCUACAGACAUAGAACCUGAGGUUGUUUGUGGUUGUGAUGGACAAGGAUACAAACACAUGCCCACUAAGCCUUUUUAAAAAAUAAAAUAAAAAAUGUACUGAAGUAUCUAGCUAUACACAGAACAAGGACCAUAAAGUGGUGCUACAAGUAAUCUAGUGUGCAGCUGUUUGAAAAAUAGUUUGCAGAGCAGUAGUUCAGAAUUUGGUCUAUGGCCAACUCUCUUCCUAUUUAUUCCCCAGUCCCUUAGCUUAACAUUAAAAGGUGAUCACCAAGUGACAGAAAGUAGAGCUGAGGAUUUAGGGUUUUAAAAAACCAGCAAGUGUGCCAUAUCAUUUCAGUUUUGUCCCUUCAGCAGUGAAUAGUAAUUUUGGAGCAAGAGGUUCAUUUGCCAGACUGGCAGCCCAACUACCUUUGCAGUGAGUGAGGGAGUGUGGCUGAGACAAGCUAGAAUGCCUUGCUGGUGUACUUGAAGUUAUUAACAUCUUUAAUAGCUGUGGUGGCGGAGACUUUAAUCAUCAGGCUUCAAAGCAGCCCGUAAAUACACCAGUUAUUAUAUGUAUCAGUGGCAUAAAUCACACACAGAGGCUUUUGGCUUCUGGACAAAAGACAGUGUGUUCUGUAAAACCGCCUUUCAAGAUAAAUCCUUCUUCCUAGCCAGAGUUGCUGGUAAACAGCAAUUCCUGCACUCAAGUAGCAUGAAUAUUGGGAGAGCUUUGGAUGUGGGGAAGGUGACAGUGUUAGUGUCCGUGUACUUCCUUGGAUAGUGGCUCAGACAUUGCAGUAUAGUUCCAUUCCCCCACCUACUUGCGAGAUUUUGAGCCCACUAUUUCUUUUUUAAAGAGGAGGGAGUACCCAAUGCUUUGUAUAUUUUAGUUUUAAAAGAUCUCUGAAGGGUGUGCACCCUUUUGUCUGAUGGUAGUGCAAGCUCUCUUUCUCUCUCUCUCUCACACUCACACACACACAUACAUACAUACACACACUCUUUCAGAAUGCAAUGUCUUGUGCUAGCCAGUGAGAAGGUGAGUGGAAAGGUCCUAGACUGCAUGAAAAUUCUAGAAGCUAACUUUUGUGCAGCAUGAAUGAAUAAAGAACAAUAGCUCAAUUUCAAAAAUUUCAUAUGUCACAUGAACAGUGGCAAAAUGGCCAUUCCAACACAAUUCUACACAUGCUCAUGUGAAAGUUAGUUCCACUGAAUUAAGUGGAGGCUUACUGUGCAAUUCAAAGUGGGGAAAUCUGCAAGGGGUCAGACACGCUCGUGAUUUACCCCAUGCAACGUCCACAACAUCCAAACCCCUCCUAGCCAGCAGACCUAGUGGUCUGGAUUGCUCUUUGCUGCUCAGGAAAAUCUGUAUAGCAUUUCAGCUUGAAUUUAAUGUGCCACAAGACUCUUUGUUGUUUUUGUUCAAAAUUUCAGUUCACAUUUAAAAUAAACCACCUUAUUUAAGGGGGGGAAAACCCUUGAAAUGUGAUAUAUUGUAUAAGUGAAUUAAGAUCCCUAUACAGCGCAUGGGAACAAUCCAUUGGGAGAAGUUCUUAUACAAAUGCCAUUGAAAUGAAUGGAAACUGUGCCACAGUCCUAAGUGUCAAUUCAUGCCCCAGAUGUGUAUGUUUUUCAUAGGCGCAUAUGAAGCUGCCUUAAACAGUCAGGUCACUGGCCCAUCCAGCUCAGCAUUGUCUCUACCUAGAGAUGCCAUCAAACCCACUGAGACUUUCUAUAUACAAAUCAGCUCUGCCGCUGAGUUGAACCUCACCCUCCCAGCCCCAGUAAAGGGGCAGCGCUGCAUUGGGGCAACACCAUGUUUGUCAACAAGGAUUUGCUGGGCAGUGAGCUGCGGCCGAUCCCAGAUCCCUUGUGACUUGGCUUGUAUUAGACUCACAAAACCUCGUUUGCUGAAUUCAGUUGGAUGAUGUAUCUUCAAAAUGUAACAUGCGCUACUGUUUUCCUGUUUGGGGUGACUGGGCUGCCUCUGAAACGUAAGCUCCGGCCGAAACUGCUGCAAAUGGCCAGCAGAUGGUGCUAGUGCAGCAGACACCUAUUACUUCAUUUUGACAUGUAUUUGCACGCACGUUUUAGUUCUUCUGUAAACUUUCCCACUCAUUGCCUCUGAGUUGUAUGUAAUUUUAUUUUUAAGAAUCCAGACUCUGAAUGCAAGGGGUCCGUUUAUUAACAGAGGACUGCAACUCCUGCAGUGCAUCAGCUAUGCGCACAUGUCUUGCAGUUCCUUUAGAUCAGGUGUCAGCAACCUUUUUCAGCCGUAGGCCGGUCCACUGUCCCUCAGACCAUGUGGUGGGUGGGACUAUAUUUUGAAAAAAAUAAAUGAACGAAUUCCUAUGCCCCACAAAUAACCCAGAGAUGCAUUUUAAAUAAAAGCACACAUUCUACUCAUGUAAAAACACCAGGCAGGCCCCACAAAUAACCCAGAGAUGCAUUUUAAAUAAAAGGAAACAUUCUACUCAUGUAAAAACAUGCUGAUUCCCGGAUCGUCCGCAGGCCGGAUUGAGAAGGCAAUUGGGCCGGAUCCGGACCCCAGGUCUUAGGUUGCCUACCCCUGCUUUAGAUUUAGCAAACUUCUAGGCAGUAGCCCCACAGCAUUUGAUAUUGCAUCCUUUAAAAGUCAGAGCACCUGCUAUGAUUGUCAUAGAGACACUACUGAACACGAUCUCCCCUGGAUAGCUCAGUUGGUUAGAGUGUGGUGUUAAUAAUACCAAGGUUGCAGGUUUGAGCCCCAUAUGGGACAUUUGCAUAUGCCUGCAUUGCAGUUCACAGAUGAUUUGCUAGACACUGCCAUCAGUACAGAAACUUUUAGAAAGGACUAAGAGAACAUGAAUGGAAAAACCCUAUUAAAUGUAUCGACUCACAAAAACAGACAGUACUCAGUGAGCACUACCUCAUAGGGUAAGGGACUUUCCAUUUGGGUUUUGAGAUGCAAAAUGUCAAUAAACAUCUAUUAUUGGAGCAAGUUUGAUGAUGCAGCUCUGAAGAAAAUAAAUGGUUGGAAGUGUCUCUAAUUACAAAAGCUAAUACCUAUCAAACCCCAAACUUGAGGCUACCAGGGACAAGGCCCUUGAUAUUCUUCUGCUCUUUUUCUCCAUAGGUUGUGAACCACGUAUUGAAUUGUACAAGCAGUGGCAACUUCUGUGGCAAUGAUACCAUUAUAUACUCAACAUUGGUCUCCUUACCAUUUGGUGGCAUAGGUAUGAAUAAGGCCUUUCUCCCCCAUGUUGUCUCUUUUCCCUACCUCUGCACGUGCUUCUUCCCAAUUUGAUACUCCUUCCUUUCCCAUGGGUGAAGGCCAAAGGCCUUGAAGGUUUCCAUACUGCUCUUGGUGCAUUUGUUGAUUACACACACAAAAUGCAAAAUAGAAAAGGGAAUUAGCUGCAAACAUGCAUCCCAGCGUGCCAUUUAGAAGCUGUAGUCUGGGGAUCUGCUGGCAGGAAGGGCUCUAGGCUUUGAACCCAUCCUUUACCAAAUUAUAGCAAUCCUUCUGGGUUAACUUUGUUGUUGUGGGGCUGGAAGAAUCACUGUUCAAUUCAGGCCAGGUCCCAGUACCUCUAGUUCCAGAAGUAGUAGUUGCUUCAUAUUCAUAGGUACUAUUUGUAUACAUACACAUUACACUUUUGCAGCAUAUACACCAAGAUAACCUGUGUCUCCACAGGAAUACGGCAGCUAAUUUUUGUAUUCAGAUCUGCCAGAAUGCAGCAUCUCCUUCCCCUCCAGUAUUCAUAUGGCAGGCUUAAUCAAAGGAAUGUGUUUCACAUGUCCAGCACAAUCCUGUGCAUGUUUACUCAUACAUUAGCUCCAUUGUGCUGAAGUCUUGCUCCCAGGCAAGAGUGCAGAGGCCUGCAGCUGAAUUUCUUUACAUUUUUUAAAAGCUGGUUAUUAUUUUUUAUGUGCCACACCAUGAAUCAUUUUCACUAGUGAUAGUAAAGUGGGAAGUCUUGACGAACAUCAGAACACAGUAUCCAAGUAUAUACUGUUUGCAGGUAGAAACAGGUAAUAAGAAACUAGAUUAUCUUUAGUCAAUGAUUUUAGGUUGUGAUGCAUUGCCAAGUGGGUUCAAAACCCUGAAAAUGGCUUGAAGAUAAACAUCAAGGGCUGUGAUAAGGGAACUGUUUCUGAGCACACCUGCUGCAAUCUGCCUUGGAGAAAUUGAUGAUAAUAAUAAUAAUAAUAAUAAUAAUAAUAAUAAUAAUAAUUUUAUUAUUUAUAUCCCACCCAUCUGGCUGGGCCAUGCCCAGGCUGUUGGGCAAACACCAAGCUUUUGCCAGGGAGCAGGAUCUGAACCGUAUGCUUUCUUCUUCUGUUGCAGGAUACAGUGGCUUAGGCAAGUACCAUGGCAAGUUCAGCUUCGACACAUUCACUCAUCAACGUGGUACACUCUUGCGCUGCAUGGGAUUGGAGGCAAUCAACACCGUUCGCUACCCUCCCUAUACCGAAGGCAAAUUACAAUUGUUGCUCUCCCUUGUUGACAUCAAGCGUAAAGGCAUGUGCACCUUGCUGUGAACUCCAUGAAUCACAUAUGCCUUCUGGCCCCAGGAGCUGCUGGAAGAAUUUAGCUGCUGGAGACAGAGAAGAUUGUUUUAUCCUCACCUCCCAAUAAGGCACUUGCCUAAACUCUUACCUCCUGGAAAAGCCUUGCCCCAUUAUCCUGAUUACUUGCUACAUGCCCUCCCACCCCUCCCCUUUUUCUGCUCCCCAGUUUUGGUGGGUCCAAUGCCUAGCUGGUGGUUAUAUUUUGAUGUCAUACAAUGUAUAGGACCACCUACUUCAGUUAACUAAGUACUUGCAAGGUUUUUGCAGUAGGUAAAAUCAGAGUUUGAUUUCCCUUUUAACAGAGUUUUAUGAAGCUAAUUACUGAUUUAAUGUCCAUGAUCACCAAUUCCUUUGUAAAGACUGGUGAACACUGUACACUGGAAUAGCUAUCCUCACAAAUAUAUCUGUAUCUGUAUGAUUUCUUAAGGAGUGAUAUUUUCAUGGGUGAAAGUAGAGGCCAAUUAAACCAAUUUAAUUCCAAGAAGAUCCAAAGUUAAAUCCAUGCAACUUCUUGUACAGCCAAAUCUUCUUUUAGUUCUAUACCCUCAAUGCAGUCAUGCACUAUCCCUCAGAUGCACCCCUUAUAGUAACCACAAUUCUUCUGAUAUCCGUUUCUGUACAUUAGCCACAUCCUUAACUCAGAUUCCUCAUCCCAUCAAUAACUUCUGCACUAAGCAAUCCUAAGCAUCUGUACUCAAAAGUUAAUUCCUACCAAGUUCAAUGGGGCUUGCUCGCUAGUAAUUAUGCUUAUGAAUGCAGCCUUAUUAACACUGCUUGCAUAACUGAACAUUUUACAAGUAAAUGUUUUAUUUCUGUAAUAAAGAUCUUGCAUCAAAUCUAACCAGUUGUUCACUUGUAUUAUUCAAAUGGUGCCAUCAGUAUACUUAGCAUAGUAAUUUCCUGCCCCAAGGAACAGAAAGGGACCAGUAGCAGUACUGAGUGAAGAAAUCAUAAAUGGUUCCUAACAAGGAAAUUUCCAUCCAGAAUGUCUGCUUAUCCAUGUUAUCAGGUUUCUUCAUCAAUCAUAAUGAAUUUUUUUAAUGAAUGUCAUUCUCUGCAUGUUCUCAGAUUCCAAGUUUUCUCCACCUUUUCUCCACUCCACAUUGUAAAUUGUAAUCAACUGUUAUGAGGGCAGGUUGUAUUUCCAUGCAGCUUUUGAAACCCUUCCUCUUCACUCAGUUGGCUGAAAGACUGAGCCCUCAAAGUGGGUUGCACAGGAGGAAGCUGCCUAUCACUCACUUGUAGUUAUGAUCACAGCUACACAUAUGUAUAUGUGUAUUCAUUCCUAUUUGCAGUACAUACAACUGGAAAUCAGAUAUGUGCCUAUUUUGUAAUUAAAUCUUUUUUUUAAAAAAAAGCUGCAAUUAUAUAUUAUUAUUAUAUCCCACCUUUUUCCCUGACAGGGACUCAGUGUGGCUUACAGCUAAAAUAGGUGGGCAUAUAGCUGUUUUUUAUGUGGUAAUAAGGCCCACAGUACCUAUUUAUAUCAAAACAAAAGUUAUUGGUAUACUCUUGACACAGCUAUCUCGCUAACUGGUUUGUAUGGAUAUUUUGAAGAGGAGAAAUGAUCAUACCAAUAUGAAAUCAUUCAACUUACCAAGGUACUCUGCAAUUGACUUCAAGGCAAUCUUAUUGACAGAGAGGAACUUCAAAAGAGAAUACGUUAAACCACUGAAUUACGAGUAAUCAGGAGGGACUGUGUUAUUGUGGAUAGGACUGGACAAUGGAUUUUUUAUCAUAGAUGUUAACUAGCUUACCGACGUCAAGAUGUUUUUCGUGAACAUUCACUCGCAAUAACAUAAUAGCCCCAUACCUUCUACAUCUCCUUUCGUUCUGACCUCACUUUACAAUACCCCCAAGGAUUCAUGCACAUGCUGCAACUCAGGAUAGCAUUUCAGGCAUCCAAUGGAGCAAACUAGUCCACUAAAGCUUAUGCAAUUUGUUAGUUUUCAAGGUGCCUCUGAGGAUAACACGGAGGUGGCGGGGAAGAACUCGGAAUGCUGCGCUGAGCUGGUUGGAGGGCGGGGGGUGGAGAAGAAAUACAGUAAUUAAUGUAGCAAAUAAAUAGAUAAGAUUUUUAAAUGUACGCUUCGAUCCACUUCGCUUGCUAGUAAGUGUCUACGCUGCAGGGAGACCCGCAGCGGCACCACGCGAAGACGGAAUUCCACGAACCUUCACCAAACCAUCUCUGCCAAUCCCUGCGGACUUUUAAAAAGCUCGCAGCCAAUUACGUACUGUUAUUGUCCGCGUCAUCAACCCACCCUUUCCCCUCAAAACAUUCCGCCCCUUCCUACCCUUCCUUCCAACCAACCAGCGAAGAGAUCCCGCCUCUUCUCGGGGAGCUCCUAGCCAAUGAACGUUCAGAAAAGCGGCGAUUGGUCCCAGUUCUUACUCCCGCAAGCCACCGGCUUGGAGCGGAGCUGCGGUCUCUGUCGCGGGUGAGUUCCUUGGCGUCCUUCUUGACGCUCCGUGACGCCGGGCCGAACGCGCGCUUUCCCCCCUCCAGGCUCCUGGAAAUUCUAUCCGCGCGAAAGGAGGAAAGAGAGGGGCGGAGGGAGGGAACGGAGGCCGUAGCGGCGCCUGUCCGCCGGGGACCUUCACGGGGGCGCCAAAGGACAUGGAGCUGCGCAUGCGUGAGGCCGGCUGAGGUUGUGACGACGCAUGCGCCUGGUGGGCCUUGAAGGAGCAGGCAGGGGGAUGUGCGCAUGCGGAUUUAUUCUGCUCCUAUGGCUGAGGGGGAAGGCCGAAUUGGCACCGCCCAGGAGGCGGGAGAACAGGAACCAAGGCCCCGCCCCCUGAGUUCCACAUCGACCCCUGCGCCCCACGUUGCGCUUUCGGUAGCCUGAGUAAGUGUCAGCAGCGCCCUCCCCAGGGCUCAUCGUCGUCUACGGCGGGAGGGCCGUGCUAGGCCCCGGGUGGGCAGGGGAUUCCCUCCCGCUAAGGAGCAGGGGGCGCCUCGCAGGUGCGGCGCCCCUGGCUCUGGGAUGCCUCUGCCCGGUCCUGUGUGGGCUGCUGACCGGGAUUAUUUUAACAUUUAACUAUAGCAGCCUGUGCACUCUGAUAACUUCCCCACUGGGUUGCUGCAGUGUGUGCUUGGUGGGGCUUCCCUUGGAAGCUGUCCUGGUGACACAGUGUCACUGCAGCGAGCGGGGACCGUGUCACACCCAUUCUGAAAGUGCUGGACUUGCUGCUGGUGAGCUAUGGGACUCAGUUUGAGGUGUUGGUACAAGUGUACAAAGCUCUGAGUGCUUUAAGACUCAUGGGUAUGGCUCCCCCCCCCGCACCUGCCAACUGGGUUUUUGCAGUCUGCAGGGAGGCCAGACUUGUGGUGUCCUUGGGGAAUAUUGAGGCACCAAUAUUUUGCAUUGCAGUUCUAAUUUUGUUUUUAAUGUUGCAUUCUUAUUAGCUGCACUGGGCUCUCAUGAGAGAAAUGGUGGGGUGUAGAUAAUAAAAUAAUAUCUGAAUGACUGCUGUCCUUUGUAUUUUCAAAGGGAGAAUAGUCAUUGUUUUCCUGGCCAAUAAGCCUUCAGUGCAACCUGAAAUUUUCUUUGUACUUUUCCACAGUCUAACCCAGUCAACAGUUCAAUCGUAUGUGUGCGUACUCAGAAGUCUCACUGUGUUUGUAGGGAUUAUUUGCUAGUAAGUGAACAUUGGCUUGUAUAAUAAUCCUACAUAUUAUGCUUAGAAGUAACAGCUGGUUUGUUCAAUAGGGUUUACUUCCAAAUAAGUAUGUAUAGAAUUGUAUGUCUGCAUAAUGCCACCGUCACUCCAUAUUAAGAUUAUGACAAAUUGCAUAUGGGGACUUCUUCAACAUGUCCAGAAAUAUAUUUUUUAUUGCCCUCCUUUAAAAAAACUUUUAACAUCUGGUUUUUUGAGUCCUGGUGAACUUGGAUCACUUGCAAUUUUCCUGUGGAAUAUUUUAAUUCAUCAUAUGAAACACAACUGUUGACUGCUGGAUUAACAAGAUUAGGUAACGGAUUUAACUGGAUUUAACCAACUUGAUUACUGCUACCUUUUUUUUUUACAAAAAUGUUUUUGUUUUCCUUCCUUGUUCCCUUUGCAGAGGAGUCCUAGACUCAGGUUGAACAUGCCUGUGUUGUGGAUAAUGCGCCAAGCUUCCCGAAUAGGUAGGCUGCAACAAAAAAGUCAUUCGAGUUCAAAGUUGGCAUUUGAUCAGAAUCCAAGAAGGAAUAUUUGUUUAUGUAGACCGUAAAUCCAUAGAAAUAAAGUUGCAAUGACUGAUGCUGUCUAAUAUCCUUGAAGAAAAAACAAAGGGAAGUCUACCACGGGUGAUGAAAGUAGACAUCUUGUUGGAUUUUGAACAACUUCUCUGACACCUCUUAUGAUAGUAUAUUUAACUGUUUUGAAGAAGUAUUUUAGGAAAGUCCUCCAGUGUUCUCGCUGUCUCCUAGUUGGAUUCUACAGUUGAAGAACCUGAAGGGAACAAUACAAAUUCUGUGCACACAUUGUGGAUGCCAUUGUUCUUGUGCAAAUCUUGAAGACUGUGUGGUUGGAACUUAAUUGUUUGUAAUACUUUCCUAACACGACCUUUAUGGUCUACAUAAACCCCAAGUGCUUGAGCCAAUUUUGUAGCAUUGGCCUGCUUAAAGGCACAACAUAGGUUUUGAAGUGCUUCUGGUAGAAUUCUCUGGAAAGGUAAUUGCAUAGUUUCAUUGCAAAGUGUACAUAUAAAUCGCAAGAUUAUGGACCUACACUGUAAUAAAAGUGGCAUAUGAAUCUGACUAAAUAAUGGUGCUGCGGUUCUUUGCUCUUUUGGGACUAUGGGUCUAGUGUUUCUACUCUUAUUUAGCAUGUUGCCCAACUUUUCUGUUCUCUAGGGACUCCAGUAUGCUUAAGUCUUACCCGACAUCUCAGCAGCACAACCCCAAGAGCUUCCUACAGUAAGUACAUAAUGGUGUUCUCUCUGUCUGAACUACUUGAAAGGAUCAUUUGUCUCUAGAGGUUGGUCCUAGAGGCUCUUCUUGGGCGCAUAGAUAUGAAUUUUGAUAAUAUCUGCAUGUCCCCAAAAGUGACACCACACAUGAACAUUUGGGCAUGAAUGUUUCUCUUUGAAAUCUUUGUUUUAAUGAAUAUUAACAUGGGAAAUUCUUCGUAGGAAUAUAUUACAAUUAAAUCUUCGGUGUUUUUGGAUAGCAACAGCUUACACUUUUCUGUUUUGGCUGCAGAAUAUGUAAAUCUAAGAGAGGAGCCGACAGACAUGAAAUCCAUUACUGACAAGGCUGCACAGACCGUCCUGUGGACAGAACUUAUCCGAGGUAAGAACCAGAAUGAUGGUUGGAAUGGCUGAGCUGAUAAAGAAGAGAAAAUAGUUUUGUAACUUCGAGCAGUUUGUCCAAGUGGGCAUGAAGGGGAAGACUCUAAUAUGCAGUCCUAGAAUGGAUUAUCCAGAGAGCUGGCAACCUCCUCAUAUCCAUGGUCUCCACAGCAGUUUUGUCCUGAACCAUGACGAGGUAUUAUCAUCUCAUGCUGACCGUAACUACAGGCAACUCUCAAUUUACACACAUUCAGUUGGCGUGCUGUGUCUUUCCCCUAGGUUUUCCCAACAUUAUAGCUAUAUGGAAAAGUGGAAAUAGUGCCCUACCAGGGCAUUAUUUGCCAUUGAGCUAGGUAAAGGUAAAGGGACCCCUGACUGUUAGGUCCAGUCACGAACGACUCUGGGGUUGCAGCACUCAUCUCACUUUACUGGCCAAGGGAGCCAGCGUACAGCUUCCGGGUCAUGUGGCCGGCAUGACUAAGCCGCUUCUGGUGAACCAGAGCAGCACACGGAAACAACAUUUACCUUCCUGCCGGAACGGUACAGUGGUGCCCCGCAAGACAAAUGCCUCGCAAGACGAAAAACUCGCUAGACGAAAGAGUUUUCCGUUUGUUGAGUCGUUCCGCAAGACGAAUUUCCCUAUGGGCUUGCUUUGCAAGACGAAACGUCUUGCGAGUUCUUGCGAGUUUGUUUCCUUUUUCUUAAAGCCACUAAGCCGUUAAUAGCCGCUAAGCCGCUAAUAGCCGUGCUUCGCAAGAUGAAAAAACCGCAAGACGAAGAGACUCGCGGAACGGAUUAAUUUCGUCUUGCGAGGCACCACUGUACCUAUUUAUCUACUUGCACUUUGUACCUGGUGGUAAUUGUGACUUGUUCUAGGUAAGCAGGCAAGCUGUAGCACUGCAACAAUUGGAAUAUUAAAUCUAGUUUAGUUCUAGGUAAUUUAUUUAGCAGUUAAAUAACUGUCUUAAAAUUUGUUUGAGCUCUGUUGUUGACAUGCUCCCAAGUUUGAGGGUGAACUGUGUAUUUAAAUAAAACAUCUGCUUUGUCCUUUCCCUCAGGCUUGGCUAUGACCAUGAGCUACCUCUUUAGGGAACCUGCCACCAUCAACUAUCCCUUUGAGAAGGGUCCCCUGAGUCCCCGCUUCCGUGGGGAGCAUGCUUUACGCAGAUAUCCAUCUGGAGAGGAGAGGUGCAUUGCCUGUAAGCUUUGUGAGGCUGUUUGCCCUGCUCAGGUAAGGCCCUUGUUAUCCGCUUUGCUUCCUUUCUGAUGUGGCAGGUGACAUUUGUAAGCCUAUGGAAAGCUGCAAGCCAUCUGGGAGAUAAACUCUCACACAACCUGUAUGGAUUGGGUAAUAGGGCCUAUAUAUAGUCCUGUUCAGAUUCUAUUUGUGAGUAAAUUCCAUAUCCGUGGGACCUACUUUCUUUAUCUGAACUACGUGAAUGUCCAUUCUCUUCCAUUUGCAUGCAGCUGGUAGCAAGAAGUGAAAUAGUUUGUCUACUUGGUGCUACAAUGCUGGGAUAAAAAUGACAAUGUAUAGUAGAUCACUUGCUUCUGCUACACAUCCAUGCGUGCACAUACCCUUGCUGAGCUAGUGCUUGAAAUAGGGUUUCCUUUUUGAGCAGGAUGGUAGGCUCUUGUUGAACUACUGUGUUGACUGUGACAUCCCUCUAAGCUUGGGUCCCUUCUCUUCCAUGGCAUCUUUGCAGUUCUGUUGAAUCCCUGAGCCUGUUGAUUGCAAAUGAGGUUGCCUUCAUUCCAGCAGGGAUAAACUUGCUGUUGCUCCUCCUCUAGUUCAGCAUGGGUUUUCAAGGCUUCUAUAACUGGGGCUUGGGGAAUGCCACAUGCUAGUGAGUUACGUCUCUUUCUCCCUCACAGGCAAUCACCAUUGAGGCAGAGCCCCGUGCUGAUGGCAGCCGCAGGACCACUCGCUAUGACAUUGACAUGACCAAGUGCAUCUACUGCGGAUUCUGCCAAGAAGCUUGUCCAGUUGACGCCAUUGUGGAGGUGAAUGGGCUGGGUGUUUUCAGGCUAAUGAAGAGGUGCUAUUACAUUUGCCCACUUUCAAUUUGUGUCUAGAAGAUGGAGCUACUCGGAGAGAGAGUAUGCAGUAUGGACAUGUCUGUGUAUACAUGUAAUUUUUAUUUGACUUCAUCCUCCAUUCUGUGUUAUGCAGGGGCCCAACUUUGAGUUCUCCACAGAAACACAUGAAGAGCUUCUGUACAACAAGGAGAAGCUGCUCAACAAUGGUGACAAGUGGGAAGCUGAGAUUGCUGCUAACAUACAAGCUGACUACUUGUACCGGUGA